AUGGCCAUCACCACAUUGGCGGACCCUCUUACGGUCUUUCCCCCUGAGAUUGUCCUGCAAAUUCUGCAGUUCACUCCAGUUUCCGCGCUCGCGUCUCUUACCGCAGCCUCUAGAGCCUGGCACGAAUUCAUCGAUGUCACCCACCAAGAAGUCAUCUACACCGCCGAGUCCAAAACUGCCCAACCCCCAGGAGGGGCUCGCGACUUCUCCUUCCUCUCCGAAUACCACAGCUUCGCGAAACUAUUCGAAGGCACCGAAUCAUGGAAAGACCUAUGCAAGCGUCAGACACUGCUCGCCCGCAAUUGGGCCGAGCCACGCCCCAUGAGCCAAGAGUCAGUGCUGCAAGUUGGGAAUGAUCCUGUGUGGAGAUUCCGUGCCGAUUUCAAGCGCCGCUUCUUCAUCUCCAGCUCCCACGCUGGUGGGCUGAAUGUGACCGAUAUGGAUACCGGGGAGAUCUUGUGGCAGCUCCCUUCAAUGCUGGACACUGAUAUAGACGGUGUUCGACCAUACGCGCACUUGGAGUACCAAGACGGUAUGAUUGUGUUUGAUAGUGUUGGGGAUUCUAUCGAAGUUUGGCAGGCGGACCAGCCAGGUGCUAAGCGUGGGGAGUUCCAACGCAUCGGCAUCUUACGACACGAUUGCCAGACUAGAGGGUUCCAGCUAUCGUACUGGACCCUUUGUGUCGUUUCCAACGAGGGACAAGGCUUUGUGUACGAUAUGACAAAGCGACCGCCUCAAUUGAAGACUCACCUGAAGAUCGAAUCUGAAGGUAUCGGGCAUUUAGACCAGAGCGAGGAUAUCGUGAUAUAUUCUAUGGGCAAAAAGGGUUACUUCGCCUACAAUAAAGAAUCUGGUGCCUGUCUCGGCACUCUCCACCCAUCACAGGUGACAGAGAAAUACCACGUUCGCCCACCCCCAUUAAACACAUCAUCCGCAGGCGCUGCUCUAGCAGGAGCCGCGCGCCUUGGCCCAACUCAUCGUUUCUUCCCACCAGGAGCUCCCCGGAAGGACUGUCUAGUCCCUAUUGAAAUCUCCAAGGGUCCGCUUUCUCCGCCAGAAGACCCAGAGCAUGUCCGACAUGGGGAAGACGACUGGGGUGCAGGAAUGUUGCACGGCGAUCUGUUUGUGGGCUUCUCGCGCGCAGGACGGGUCUUCAUUUGCUCUGACUUCCGCAAAGCUCUCCGGGAUCGAGCUGGUCUUGAAGCAAAUAGCGCGAUCUUAGAGUGCGAGUCAGACGGGUCAAGCUUUGACCUUGGCGGCUGGUUAUCGAUUCGUAAUCACCGCAUCAUGUUCGAAAUCCAAGAUCGCAUUUACGUCGUCGCUCUUGACGAUAACGAUCGUAUUCCAGAUGUCGGAAAGCCUGCUCCGGCCUCAUACUCCCUCCUUACAAGUUCCGCCCCACAACUCGCUGUCCCGAUCAGUUAUAUGGCACUGGCGGAUGAUGCUAUAAUGACCACUUACACAACUCUUGGCUGGCGUGAUUCAAACGUGCCUGGCGGACAACCUCAACCGCAGGGCGCAAACCCUCCCCGCGUCUUCCCCACAAAAGCUAUCCGCAUCGUCAGCCUGGCCCCUGGACUAUCCGAAAAGUCUGCCUCAGCUGCUUCCAAUAUGCCUUCAGCCGACGAUGUCGAUGGGCAGAAUGCCUCUGGUCAGACUCUGCCCGGGGAAGACGCUUGGCGCACACAAGCCGGACUUUUACAGUUGCUGAGCAUGCUUGGGGACCAAGCGGGUUUUGAUGAGACCGAUCUUGAAGAAGACGAGUGGGAGAAUGUGGAAACAGGUGAUGAAGAUGAUUUUUCAGAUGAAGAAGCAAAUGACAAUCAAGAGGCAUAG